UUUAGUUUUCGAUGGAUGUUUUCCGAAGAGAUCGUGAAUUCUCAUAUUUAUUGUGGUAUUUAAUAACGUAAUAAAAUCUCGAAUAGUGAAAUAACGUUUUCCGCGAUGUAAAGAGUGUUUUUUCGUAUAUUAUUUAAGCUGCCCUGGUGUCAAUUCCACUAAAAAAUGCUUGUGUUUACAUCCAAGUUUAAAGUGAGCUUCUGUAUUCCUGUCAUAUUAAGCCUAUGGUUCAGAAUCCUCAAAUAGCGGAAUCGAAGAGCGUGGUAUCCCGUCAAGCUGCCGGGCGAGGAUAGCCAUUCGAUCUUAAUUUGCUCGAGUUUCCAAUUGGCGUGAUCGAAAGGCCUCCAAAACGUCGACCCCGUCGGUGAUCAAGUUAUCGGGGGGUGGAACAGGUGGGGGUGGGGAGCAAUUGUCCCCAGGGUCUGACCCACCUCCCCCGGUAUCCCCAGCCGAGCAUACCGAUACUAACGAGAAUGAUGUCGCUACGUCGAAAUGCGUUGACAGCUUUCCACAGAACGCUGAAACCACCAUGAGCUUUGUCCUGCAAUUGGGCACGGUAGAAACAUCCCUCGAAAAGAACUCUGAUACUUUGCCAUCUUCGUCGAUGAAUCAGGAAAGUUCAAACAUAGCCGUUACUGGAAACGAUGAUACCGGCAAAUCUCAGAUUCUUCAAUGUUUAGAAAGCAGCGCCGAAAUUUCAGCCGGUCAUGUUAUUUCCUUCUCAACUGUAAAAUCAGUUAGCGUUACUUACCCGAUGGCGAAAGCUGUUAGGGAAGUGCAGAGAAUUACUGGUUCUCAAACAAAUACCACGCAGGUAUUGUCGACUCGCGUGAUCUCACAGAAAGUACCGUCGUCUAUCCAUCAGACUCAAUCCGCACCUUUAACACUAAACGCAUCUUCCAACAUUACCCAUAUCCCGGUAAAUACUCAGUCUUUGCCAUCGCCAGGCAGCGGAAUGGCACAUGUAUAUCCUUUGCAACACGCGGUGUCUACACAGAGCAAACAGCAAACUAGAAAUCAAACAGUCACCUGUGAGAGUAAACAACAACAACAACAACAACAACAACAGACUACGAUAUCUAGUUUGCAAACUAGCAUGCCCUUGAAGGUUCAACCAGUAUCUUCGCAAUUAGUUGUAAGCAAUAAUGCAGUUAGAGCCAUCACUACCGCUACUUCAUUGCCCAAUAUUCAAAGGAUACAUGUGAAGGCGCAAAAUAUCGUUGGACAGGCUCAGACAGUUAACUUGCAGAAAGUGAAAGCUGUGACUAAUGUCAGUCAAGGGGUAACCGUUCAAAGAAAUUCCGUACCGAGGAUACAAACUGUACAAAAGACUCAAGUGUCAACAGUUACAUCCCAAACUACCCAGUUCGCUGUUAAUCAAGUCACGAACAAUGCCAAUAUACAGAGAGCUCAACAAGGCAAUCCGACUCUCCAGAAAGCACAAACAAAUACCGCGAGCACACAGAAAGUAGCGCAGAUCUAUAAUAACCAAAAGAUGUCAUCACAGAUGUUAAAUAGCCAUCCGAAUCAUAAAGCACAAUUACAACAAAUAACGAGUAAUCAACAGCAGGGAUUACAAAAAAUACAAGUUCAAUCACAGAAAACGGUAACUGUGCCAAGACAACAAUCAAACACUACAGCAGGGAAUAAUGUUCAAAAAUCUAACAAUUCUGUAGCUGGCAUACAGAAAGUACAAGUAGUAGGACAAGUACAAUGUCAACAGCAAUUGCCACAGGUCCAAAAACAUGUGCAACAAGUUCAGCCAUCACAACAUCAAAGAUCACAAUCUACAGCAGCCUUGCAAAAAUCUCAGACUGUAGCCACAGUCAAUUCUAAUAGAGUGCAAUCAAUCACCAAUGUUUGCAAAAGUAAUAGCGUUCCGAAUAUUACCAAAACAUCGCAAAAUGCCAAUUUAUUAACUGUGAACAAGCAACCAGUAAUCUCACAGCCGCAAAAUUUACAAUCACAGCAAGUACAUAUCCAAAACUCGUCCCAAUUACAACAACAGUUGUUACAACAAAGUUCACAACAACAAUCGCAGCAACAAAUGGUGCAAAAACAGCCACAACAACAGCAAACGAAUACGAAUUUACAAACACAAAGAAGUCACAAUAUUACAAACGUCCAUCAAAAGGUUGCGACGAUUGCGACAAUUCCCAAUAACCAACGAACCCAAGUUGUAAAUUCUAAAUUACAGCAGCAACAGAUGGUAAUGAGAGUAGGCGUACCAAAGAACCAAACACAAAAUUUACAAAGCAAUUUAAAAAAUGUAUCUCAAAAAAUUACGAAUACGGUUAAAAAUUCAAAUUCACAGAAUGUCGUGCAACAAUCAUUGCACAGAAAUACGAACGUGCAGCCAGUAAAAAUAAUCCAGCAACAACAGAAUGUUAUAGGACCUCAGAAUGCUCAAAAACAACCUGGAUGCAUCAAAACAAUACCGCCACAAAAACCAGCCCAAAGGAAUCAUACACAGAAAGUAACCGGUAUUAAGACCUCUUUAAAUACAAACGUAGCUUCUGUAAAAAAUCAAGGAUCAACAACUGCAGUCGCACAAAAGGCAAGCAUCAAAACAUUGCUUCCUCAACAGACUGUUGCUACGAAUAUGUUGAUGCAUAAAAAUCAACCAAUUAAAAUUCAACAGCAAGCGAUACAACAAAAACAGCUUAUCACAUCAUCGCAGUUUCCUCAACAAAUUAGGCAGCAAUCUGGACAAGUGAAGACAUUAUUACCAGUAACUAGUAUGGAUACUCGCAAGGAUAUAGAAAACAAAACUGAAUCUGAAUUGCGUGAAUCGAAAGAAGAUGAACGUCAACAACGUCCUACAACUCCAAUUAUAAGAAUACCCCCUCCUUACGAGUGUCUUCAGUACGUCCUACAGGAUCACAAUUAUGGCGCACCACCUCCACGAACACCAUCGCCUCCGUCACCACCGUCUCAUCCAAAGCAACCCAUCAAUGGUGGCGGAAAUUCGACUGCAACUUCUCAGCAUUCUUAUAUUUAUGGAAAAGUUGUUACUGGCACUAAUGUGGAUGAUGAUGCAGCCAGUGUUAUUAGUAGUGAAACAGGUAGAGAUGCUGAAUUGGAAGGUGAAGAAACAGAAACGGCUCCUGAAGGAGAAGGAGACGAUGAAGACAGUGUUACUAGAUGUAUAUGUGAUUUUGAACAUGAUGAUGGAUACAUGAUUUGCUGUGAUCGAUGUUUAGUAUGGCAACAUGUUGAUUGCAUGGGUAUAGAUCGUUCUAACAUUCCUGAUGAGUAUCUUUGUGAAAUUUGUCGACCACGGCGUGUAGAUAGACAAAGAGCACGUGCUUUGCAAAUGCGUAAACGAGAAGAAUUGUUAAAUUCGGAUACAUCAUCCGAUACAUCAUCUACCAGUUCAGCAGAUACUGAUGUUGGUGUAAACACAAUUCCAAAAAAACGAACUAUACAACAGCAAAUUCCUCGACGAAAAUCCGAACCACCGCAAGUAAGGCGACUGAAUAAUAAUAAUAACAACAAUAAUAAUAAUGUCGCAAAAAGACAAAGAAGAGAUUCACAUCCGAGACAAUCUAGUACUGUUCGUAAGAAAGAAACUACAAAACGUGGUCCAGGAAAACGUAAAGCAAAACGAAGAAUGAGUUUAGAAGAUAAAGAAGAAGAAACUCAAGAUACAUGGAGUUCCAACGUCGCACCAUUAAGACAAUGGAUCGAACGUUACGAAGAAGCUGUAACGAAUCAUUAUAGUCCAGAAUUAAGAGCUAGGAUAUCAUCUAUUAAAGUGAAUGGCACACAUAGCGAUUUAAGACAAAAUAAUAUGAAUGUUAUUGCCACUGGAAAAUAUAGGCUCAAUGUUCACAGUAAUAAUGUUAGGUUUUUGGUGGCAACAAUGUAUCUUCCACCAAAUACACCUGUCGUUGAAUUACGUGGAAAAUAUAUGUUAAGUACACAACAUCGACCAUCCUAUCCUCAAGGAAGACAACAUACCCAGAGACCUGGACCUUUUGUAUUCUUUUAUCGAUUACCACGAGAUGGUACUGAAGUUUGUGUAGAUACCAGAACGUAUGGAAACGAUGCUAGAUUUGUGCGACGUAGUUGUAAACCUAAUGCGGAAGUGAAACACUGUAUAGAAAAGGGAACAUUACAUUUAUAUAUUGUGACCACAACCGCAAUUGAGAAAAAUGCUGAAAUUACAAUCAGACAUGAACAACACGAUCUCCUGUUGUCACCUAAUCCAAAUAGCUCUAUGAUGCCUAUUGUCUGUGCAUGUAAUAAUCCAAGAGAAUGUCAAAUAAUAUCUCUAAAUCAAUUAAACAGAAGAGGAAGUAAUGGAGCAUUGGCUGAAAAUGCUGAUGGUCGAGAACGAAGACGAAGGGGUAGACGAAAUACAAUUUGCGAGGAUAGCGAUUCUUCGACUGUGAUGUCUAAUAGUACUAUUAUUGCACAACCUGCACCACCACCAACGACAGUAUCAUCAGUAUCUACACCACUGAGAAGAACAGUUACAACCACUAUAGCGUCAAAUACAAUGCGUCAACUAUCUAAGGAAGAAUUGACAGUAGUUCAACAGCCACAGACUUCUCCAAAUUUAAAUCAAUCUAUACCUUCGGAAACUAAGAAAGACAAAAAGAAAAUGACCAGAGAAGAAAGAAAAAUGGAAGCUAUUAUGAAAGCUUUUGAAAGAUUGGAAAAAGCGGAACAAAGGAAACAAGAAGUUCAAGCACGAAAUGCACAACGAAAGGAAUCUGGUGGUACGCAUAGCGAUAAUGAAGAUAGUCAUAGUUUGACGAUGCAAUCUAAACAGAAACAACAAAAUUCUGAAAGACCUUUGAGACGGAAAAGAAAAAAAGGUAGAGCAAGAACUACUAGUACUUCUCAGUCACAAGGUACUAGCCGAAGAACAAGAUUGAAUUCUGCAGAUUCCGACGAAUCGUCUGGAGAAGAAAGUAAUUCGAUGCAAUCACCACCUUUAUUGAGUCAAAAUCAUUCGCAAAAUCGAGAUACUUCUUAUUCUUCUUAUUUAAAUACGCCUGCCAAGAACACGAAUGAAAGUGUGACGACACCUGCUCAUCAAGGAAUUCCAACAGCUGCUGGUCUGCUCUUAGCUUUAGCAAAUUCUAAUGCACCUGGACCUAGUUCACCACCUCUACAGCAACCAACACCAGUUAAGAGUCCAACUUGCGAUAGUGGUGCAAGCAGCAGUUCUCAAAGUUCAACUCCAUCUACUCCUUUAUCUUCGGCUUGUUUGCUAGUCGCAGCAGCAGUUGGUCCUUUAGCUCCUGGCUUUAAAUUUCCAAAAACCAAAAAAGUUCUAAUGAAUGAAUGGUUAAAAGAGUCUCCUGAUCCACCACAAAGCAAUAUAUCUCAAAUGUCACCAUUACCAGCAUUACCACCAGCUUCCACUUCGAAUUCGAUAAAUUCUCUUUGUAGAUCAGAUUUUUCUUUACCAACAGACACAUCAGCAGAAUUUUUAACACAGAGUUAUGCGGCUAAGAGUUUAGCAACUCUUGUGCAAGCAGCAAAUUCUGUCUCUGGAAUUUGCGAUUCACCACCACAACGCAAACAAGCGAUUAGUGGCAAUACGGUAUGCCCUGUUUCCACAGGAUCUGCCAAAAAAAGAUGGUUACGUCAAGCUAUAUCCGAAGAAUGUGAUUCACCGAAUAGUCGACCAGAUAGUCCGCCGACUAAUGAAAUGGUAGCUCCACCAAAGAAAAGAAGAAUAGCCAGAGAAAGUUUGUCAUCAGAUAAUUAUACUCCACCAACUACACCUACUAUGUUAGUUCCUGAAUCUACUCCGAAUAAUAGAUCUUUGUGUCCUAAUGAAGAUGAUUUUAUCGAGCAUUUACAAUCGUCAUUAAUUGAACAGAAUGAUGAACGUCAUAUGACAACAGAAUCUAUAAAACAGGAAGUUGUUUCUCAUGUAAAUUCGGAUGAGACUGUACGGCAAAAACUUUCGAUAGAUAUUCCACAGGAUUUUCAAGUUAAAACUAUGAAAUCUGAAAAACAUAUAGUACAGAUGAACACUUCAUUGGUCAAGGAAGAAAACAUUGGAAUAAAAAAAGAAAAGAAUAUAGAAAUGGAUUGUGACACUUAUAUGCAUUUGGAAUCAAAACCUUUUAUUAAAGAUGAAUUACGAUCUAUUAAAAAUGAAUUUGUCAACAAUCAAAAGGAUAAGAGUAAAGAAGAAUACAUUAUUAAAAAGGAAGAAAAUUCAAACAUAGAAAAAGGUACAGUUGAGAUAAUCGAUCAGAAUGAAGGUGAUACAGAAAUGGAAGAUUUCAGCUCACCAAUUGCUGUUAUGGAAUCAGAUGCAAUUCUAAAGCAACGAGUAGCUGAAAUGAGACUUGAAUAUGGAGGUGGUAUAAAUGAGAUAGUUAAAAUUGAAGAUGAUAAAUGUGAUGAUGAUAAAAGAUCUGAGGAUACAAAAUGUGAAAUAAAAUCCGAUGAUAAUAUGUCAAUUGAUGAAUUUGAUGUUGAAGCUCAGAUGAAAAAAAUUACUGGCGAUGAUGGAAAUGAUUAUAAAGAAAAAGUAGAUACUAGUUCCGAAAAAGAUAAAAGUAUGGAUGGCAUCGAGGGUUUAAUGGAAAGCUCUAAGGAAGAUUCAGAAUCUGAGGAUAAAGAAAUGGAUGAUGUAAAAUAUGAACCAUCAUUCAAAUCAUUUAAUUUAAAUCAUGAAGAAAAAUUGUUUAAAGAAUUUGAAAGCAAAUCUGAUCCUGAUCCUGAUCCUGAUCCUGAUCCUGAACCUGAACCUGAACCUGAACCUGAUCCUGAUCCUGAACCUGCUCAGAAAAUAGAACAGCCGUCCGCAUUUGUUACGUCAUCAGAAGAAUCCAUUUUCGAGUCUGCAUCCUCUAAUAUGGAUACAGAAUCUAUUGUAGAACCACCAAAGAUUUUUCAUUCCAUUCCACCAUUAAGUGAACGUAUUCGUAAAAAAACAGAAACUACAAAUGCUUCAAAAAGUCAAUUGAAUUUUGAAGCAGCUAUAAUCGAAUCUACCAUUAAUAUGGAGACAGAAGAUGAAUCAAAAAAUGGUGAAGAAAAAUCUAUGCUUUCAACGGCUUUAAGAGAAUUGCUGGAAGCUAAAUUGGAUGAUCUGACACCUAAUGAUGCUAAAGAAGAAAUGAAUAAUACUGAAGAAAAUAAUACUAUGUAUAUCGAAUCAAAAUCUGAGAAUUCGGAACAAAAUAUAGAAAUAGAAGAAUCUGUAUUAAAACCUAUUUCUCAAAAUGUUCAUAAUGUUCACAAUGAAGAAAUUCCAAUAAAAGAAGAGGAAGUUCCACCUAAAGAAAUCAAACGAUUAAAGGAUCCGAGAACGGUCGUUCCAAAUAGUAUGCCAGCUCCUACAUUUAAACCUGAAACAAUUCCUCCUGUUAAACGAAAGUUAUCCAUAUCAGAAUAUCGUAAACGGAAACAACAAUCAUCUGGAACACCUCCAGAACCUGAACCAUCGAGCGAUUCUACAACAGAUAAAAGCGGAGCUAGAGGUAGAUCAGACAGUGCGAGCAGCGGAACUUCAUCACUUAGUUCUGAUGAAGAAGGUUCAAAAAUUUCAUUAUCUCUCGAUAUACCAACCUUAACCACAUUACCGCUUUUCAAUAAUGCGGAAGGAGAAGAAAAAAAAGGUGGUGAGGAGGGAACAAUUGGUUGGUCUGCAGCACCAACUUUAGUUGAGCGUCAAAGAGAAAAUCUUACAGAAAGACUAAAACGAGAAUUUGGAUUAUUUCUUAGCGACGACGAAGAAGAAAGAGCUCGCAAACACGGUCUAACAGCAGAGGCAAUAUUAAAAGCGCGAAAAGCGUCUCCACCUCAUCCCAAUGUAUCAAAUACUCCACCAGGUUAUCCUUUACCACAAUUGCCUCCUCAACCUUAUAUUCCUCCUCCAGGAUCCGCACCUAUUCAUUAUCCUCAAUUCCAAGCUAAACCUUGUUCCGUUCAAUAUCCAAACUUCACAGUCCCACAGAACACUUCACAACCCGUCUAUGCAAAUGCUACGCCUCAGACUUCUGCAAACAAGCAGACACAACAAUUCUUAAUACCUCAAGCGUCACAAGCACCGCCGGGCUCGAAUCCAUAUCCUCCUCAAUUUAUUCCACCAUCUACCACUGCAGUAUCGAUCUCCAAGUAUACAUCUGUGACUCCGCCAUCUGGAAAUCAAAUAUAUCCUGCAACUGGCCAAUCGCAAAAGCAAUUUUACAAUCAUCCGGCACCAAGAUCUUAACCCACAUAAAAGGUAGUGCUAUCGAAAAGUUAUUAGUUGGGAAAUUUUUAUUAUACUUGGCCGGAUUAUGAAUUAAAUCAUUAAUUCAUAACACCAGAAUAAACACCAGGUUCAUGGCUGGUUGCUUAAUUCCAUUAGAUUAAAAUGUUAAGUUAUCCUUUGUAGUUUAAAAUGAAAGGGAGUGAAACAAGAUAUUUUGAGUGUGGAACAGAAAAUAAAUUCACGAUCUUUUCUUUCUUAUGUCGUUCGUGUUAUAGCAAAAGGGUAUUUAGAUUAUAUAUGACAAAAUGAUAAUUCAUGCACACGAUUGGCAUGUGAGAAGAGAUUCGUGAUACCAGGUGCUACACUGUUCUCGCUUAUAUAAAAAACAUUAUGCGUACACCGUUGACUGCGAAGGAAGAAACAUAAGAAAUAUUAAUGCUUCUGAUGGUUUCGGAGACGCACUCGAUGGAAUUCGCGUGGCCUAAAAUGACAAUUAAGUAUUUUGAACUGGAAAAAGGAACAGAGAAAAAUGAAAGAAAACAAAAUGUAGUGUUCUUGUGUAUUAUGUAUAAUGACCGUGUUUAAGAAAAUUAUUGGCAUCUAAGUAUUAUGGCCAAAAGUGUAUUGAACAUUGUACACUUUUAAUAUCGGUGAAAUGGUGCCCUAAAAAACAUUUAUAUAUAGCAUUAGUCCAAUUUUGACGAAACUAUAACAAAGUUGGAAUUAAUCCGAAAUGAUAAUGGUGAUAUACAUUGUUUCGGAAACUCUACAGUUAUAUAUAUUAUAUAUGUAUACACAAAUACACAGAAACAGAUACACAAACGUGCAUACUUACAUUGUAAUACGAUUUUUCUGUAAAUAUCAUUUGCAUAUAUGCAUAAUAUAACGAUAUUAAAAUGUACAUUUAACCUUAGUUAAGGAUAGAGGGAGAGAUACAGAAAAAGUUAAAACACUGUGCUGUGAGUUGCAAUUUUUAUUUUUAUUUUUUUAUGUUUUUUAUUUGAUUUCUUUUUUUCUUUUUCUUUUUUUUUUUUUUUUCUUUUAAAAAAAAAAGAACAAAAAAGAAAAGAGUAUCGGCAUGAUCGGAAUCUUAAAGAAAACAAAAAAAAAAUAACUUCAUAAAAGAAAGAUUUCAUAGAAUUCAAAUGGAACAAUAUCACUGCACAGUGACAGAUUCAUUAUCGAAAAUUGGAAUUACCGCUUUUCGAUUCCAUCGUGAUGAUGAACAUCGAUUUUAUGGGAAGAAAAUAAGCCUAUUUAGGCUAAAAUUGUACAGUUGAAAAGAGAAAAUAUAAAUCUAGACUGAAUUUCCCAGGUAUCGAUUUCAUCGCUCUGUACCUCCUGCUAAGAGUCUGACACAUCUUUUCUUUUAAGAAUUGUUUUUUUGCGCUCAAAUUUUCAAAUUUCCCUUCAUUGUUUUUUCCUAAACACGAUCGAUAGUACAACAUGAUUUUAGUUGAUAUUGAGAGGCGUCUCCGCGACAAAUAUUUUUUAUUUGACGAUCCUUGGAAAUCCUGAAACUAAACAUUCAUUCUGAAGUACAAAGCUCUUUAAGAGGCGAUAUAGAGAAAGAAUGUAUUAAAAGAGAGAAAGAGAGGGAGAGAGAGGGAGGGAGAGAGAGAGAGAGAGAAAAUAAACUGCAAUAAGAAAAAAGAAAUUAGUAUGGCAGGAAAAUUGUAGGCUAUUUUUUGUAAAGAAAAAAGUGAGAAAACGAAUUAACGAAUGCGUAAGUUGUUUGCAUUUUUUUUUCGUUCUCGGAAUUUGUAGAUUCUUCUAAUUGUUCCGUACUAAGAAGGAUGUCAAAUUUUUUUUAAAAAUUUAUUUAUUUGCAUUGUAAAUUUAGUUAUUUUCUUUUCUUCCUUUUUAACCCGGUGAUCGAUGAUUUCUCUUAUUUUUCUUUUUUUUCUACUUAAGUGUAAAUGUUUGAUUAAGGACAAUUCGCCCAGUGUACAGUGUUGUACAAAGAUUUCAUAUCGAAAUCGUUGCGUAUUUGUCGUGUGUACAUAUAUAAAUAUUAAAUACGUUAAUUAAUUACGAUAUUUCUUAUUCGGAGUUCCUCGUUGUAAUAUGAGUUAUGAUUAUUCGGCUCUUGUAUACUUCGCAGAUUUUAAACUCACAUUUAAUAUUCUAUUCAAAAAGAAUACAUACACACAACGAAUUAUUUCUCUCGAUCAAAGAGAAAUUUUUUAGCUGGAAAAUUUAAAUUAUACUGAAUCUAAAGGCCAUAAAUAUUUCUUAAUUUCCACUCUAUUUCCAUCAUGUGCAAUAAUAAAAAUAUAAAAAAAAUCAUAUAAACA